AUGCACCACCUCCUGGAGCCGUCCACGGACAUGGCGACGGCGCUGCUGGCCGGGGAGAAGCUGCGCGAGCUGAUCCUGCCCGGCGCGCAGGACGACAAGGCGGGCGCGCUGGCCGCGCUGCUACUGCAGCUCAAGCUGGAGCUGCCGUUUGACCGCGUGGUCACCAUCGGCACCGUGCUCGUCCCCAUCCUGCUGGUCACCCUGGUCUUCACCAAGAACUUCGCAGAGGAGCCCAUUUACUGCUACACGCCGCACAACUUCACCCGCGACCAGGCGCUGUAUGCCCGCGGCUACUGCUGGACGGAGCUGCGGGACGCGCUGCCCGGCGUGGACGCCAGCCUGUGGCCGUCGCUGUUCGAGCACAAGCUGCUGCCCUACUCGCUGCUGGCCUUCGCGGCGAUCAUGUACGUGCCCGCGCUGGGCUGGGAGUUCCUGGCGUCCACGCGCCUCACCUCCGAGCUCAACUUCCUGCUGCAGGAAAUCGACAACUGCUACCACCGCGCGGCCGAGGGCCGCGCGCCCAAGAUCGAGAAGCAGAUCCAGUCCAAGGGCCCGGGCAUCACGGAGCGGGAGCGGCGCGAGAUCAUCGAGAACGCGGAGAAGGAGAAGAGCCCCGAGCAGAACCUGUUCGAGAAGUACCUGGAGCGCCGCGGCCGCAGCAACUUCCUGGCCAAGCUCUACCUGGCGCGGCACCUGCUCAUCCUGCUGCUCAGCGUGGCGCCCAUCUCCUACCUGUGCACCUACUACGCCACGCAGAAGCAGAACGAGUUCACCUGCGCGCUGGGCGCCGCCCCGGGGGGCGGCCCGGCCGUGCGCGUCAGCUGCAAGCUGCCGUCGGUGCAGCUGCAGCGCAUCGUGGCGGGCGUGGACGUCGUGCUCCUCUGCGCCAUGAACCUCGUCAUCCUGGUCAACCUCACGCACCUCUUCAUCUUCCGGAAGAGCAACUUCGUCUUCGACAAGCUGCACAAGGUGGGCAUCAAGACGCGCCGGCAGUGGCGCCGCUCCCAGUUCUGCGACAUCAACAUCCUGGCCAUGUUCUGCAACGAGAACCGGGACCACAUCAAGUCGCUCAACCGGCUGGACUUCAUCACCAACGAGAGCGACCUCAUGUACGACAACGUGGUGCGGCAGCUGCUGGCGGCGCUCGCGCAGUCCAACCACGACGCCACGCCCACCGUGCGCGACGCGGGCGUGCAGACCGUGGACCCCAGCGCCAACCCCGCCGAGCCCGACGGCGAGGCCGAGCCGCCCGUGGUCAAGCGGCCCCGCAAGAAGAUGAAGUGGAUUCCCAGCAGCAACCCGCUGCCCCAGCCCUUCAAGGAGCCGCUGGCCAUCAUGCGCGUGGAGAACAGCAAGGCCGAGAAGCCCAAGCCCGUGCGCCGCAAGACGGCCACGGACACCCUGAUCGCGCCGCUGCUGGACGCGGGCGCGCGCGCCGCGCACCACUACAAGGGCGGCGGGGGCGACGCGGGGCCCGCGGCCGACAAGAAGCAUGCCCGCCACUUCUCCCUGGACGUGCACCCCUACAUCCUGGGCACCAAAAAGGCCAAGGCCGAGGCCGUGCCCGCCGCGCUGCCGGCCUCCCGGAGUCAAGAAGGCGGCUUCCUGUCCCAGGCGGACGAAUGCGGGCUGGGCCUGACAGCGGUGCCCGCGGCAGACGCGCCGCUCCCGGAGGAGGAGGCCCUGUACUCAGCAGAGCCAGCCCGGGGCGUGCUGCCCCCCGGGGGCCCGUUUCACGUCUGCUCGCCCCCCGCCGCCCCUGCCACCGCCCCUCUGUCGCCAGCCAGCCUGGGCAAGCCUGACCCCCUCGCCAUCCUGAGCCGCAACGCCACCCACCCGUUGCUGCACAUCAGCACCCUGUACGAGGCCCGGGAAGAGGAGGACGGGGCCCCCAGAGCCCCUCAGGACGUGGGCAGCCUCAUCACCAUCCCUCCGCCGCAGCAGAUUCUCAUCGCCACCUUCGACGAGCCGAGGACAGUAGUGAGUACCGUGGAGUUCUGA